AUGCUGCUGCUGCUGGCGGGAUGCUUCGCCUUGGCCGGAUGGAGAAUCACAGCCUCCGUGCUGGCCAUUUGGGGCCUUCACCGCCUCCUGCACUGGUGGCGUGGGAUCUCCAUUUUCAUCGAUGGAAUGCAAGUCUACGGAAAAGCUAAGCCAAAGAGCUUCAAGGACUCCGCUUCUCAUUCCUCACCGCGACGGAAAGGCCGGGCUUCUGAACGCACAGAGGGCUUCAUGACGCCGAAGUCAGAAGCCUCGGAGGACUUCGUGGAAUGGGCACCAUUUUGGCCUUCGUUGCCGUGCGGUCCAUGUGCCGAAGGAAGCACGUCACCAUUCGCUGAACUUCCAAGUGAAGCUGAGGUUCAGCCCUAUUGGCUACAGUGUGACGCCUUCGUAUUUGAUGUGCGAAACAUUGGCUACAAGCACAGCAGGGAGAAAAUUCCAUCACAGUUCGCCCUGUACGAGUGCGUUGGAAUGGACAUUGUGCGUGAUCAUCGAAGGAUUGACUGCAUCAUGGAUCGCUGGGAUUCAGGAGACUUGCCUGCGAAUUGGCCUGGCGCAAGGUGGGAGCAAUCCUGGAAAGUGCCGCGUGUUUUAGUUUUCAACUGCCAGGUGCCAUACACUGCAGGGAAGAUCUUUGGAUCAUACCCUGAUGAGGAUGGUGGCUUUAGCAUUCUCAACUACUUCGUGCUGUCACGAGAGGCCUCUGCCCUGUUGGCCUCCAAUGCUGCGACGCCGGCACUUCAGCUUUGGAAGAGAUUCGUUGAAGAAGGGGUCUCCACUAAGGAAGGCAUUUCGCUCAAGGUGGUUGGUCGUGUCGAGGACCUCGACAAGCAUGAAGUCCCCGAGUCAUUCAAGCGUUUCAACAACAAACCAGUUUUGCUGACGAGAAGCGCAACUGUGUACAAGAAGCGGCUGCCUGAGAUGUUGGAGAUCGACUUCGAUGUACGCAACUGGAACUACCCCACCCGGGCCGCCAUGGUCUCCUACCACCAUCGUGCCAGAGAGGCUGAAGUGGAGAUCGGAUAUUUGCUUGAGGGCAAGGCUGAUGAUGAGCUCCCAGAACAGAUAUUGGGCUGCUUUACAGUGAACAACAUGGACAUCAUGGCAGCAAGAUGGUUGACCUGA